UUCACAACAUAAAACACGCUUCAGCUAUCGAUUGUCAUGUUUUGGGCAAAUAUCGAUACAUCGAAAAUUCAUAUUUGAUUUUUACAUAUCGAAAAAUGGUUUUUGUGGCUGUUCAUACUGGUGCCGGAUUUUAUCAAUCGGGGAAACGUAAAAAAUUUCUAGAAGUCUGUUCACAAGCUUGCGAAACUGCAAUCAAAGGUUGGAAAAAUAAUUCCACUGCAAUUGAUGGCGUUGUUGAAGCGAUAGCGUAUCUUGAAGAUCAAAUGAUAACAAAUGCCGGAUUCGGAUCUAAUCUCAAUUCAGCUGGUUAUGUUGAGUGCGAUGCUUCUUUGAUGGAUGGAAGAGAUCUUCUAUUUGGUUCGGUUGGCGCAGUCCAAUCAAUACAAAAUCCGAUAAAAGUUGCUCGUCUAAUUCUGGAUAAUCAAAGAUUAAAGCCUCCUUUAGGCUUGAUAGCACCAAAUUUUCUUGCUGGGGAAGGAGCAAAAAAAUUCGCCGUUUCUCAUGGUUUAGAAGAUUAUGAACUGAUUUCUGGAAAAUCCCUAAAUAUUUUUAAUAAAUAUAAACGUCAACUUGAAGAAUGCGAAACAGCAUCGAUAGAUGACAAGCAUAAAAAAUAUGAUACAGUUGGUGCUGUUUGCAUCGAUGACAAUGGUUGUCUAGCAUGUGGCGUAUCUAGUGGUGGAUUAAUUCUUAAAAAAGAAGGUCGCAUAGGACAAGCAUCAAUUCUGGGUUCAGGAUGUUGGUCAGAAGGCAAUGUAGCUGUGACUACUAGUGGAAUAGGUGAAUAUCUAAUUAGAACUUCAUUUGCUCGAAAAACGGUGGAAAACUUGAAUGGAAAAAAUGAUGACACACAAAAUAUAGUUGAAAAAUUGGUUCAAGUUUUCAAUGAUAAUUUUUUCGAAUCUCCAUUAAUGAAAAAUGUACCACGCGAAGAUCAUUUGGCUGGAAUCCUAGGAUUAUCAACUGAUACAGAUAACAUUGAAAUGUUUUGGGGGCAUAGUACCAAAUCAAUGUGUAUAGGUUAUAUGGAUUCCACAUUCACAUCUGGAAAAUCAUUCAUAUCUGAUUUAGAUUGUUCAGUUAAGCCAGGUUCUUCAAUUAUUGUACAAUCAAAAUUAUUUCUAAAUAAACAUUAAUUUUUAUCAAAAA